GCCAGGUUGCACUUUCUGUCAGUCCAGGGCUCCAGUUUUGCCGGAGAAGUGAGAGAGAAAGAGCAGUGAGAGAGAGAGGGGAGAGAGCGAACGAAGGGGGUUGACAGGUUUUAUCCCCAUCCCACACUUUUAUAAAGUGAGUCUCCUGUUUGGUGAGGAUGGAGAAUGCACACGCAAAAGAUUCGGAAGAGGUCGUGUCAUACUUUGGUGUCGACCAGACCACCGGCCUCACACCAGAACAGUUCAAGAAGAACCUGGCCAGAUAUGGUCACAACGAGCUCCCAGCUGAGAUUGGUAAGACCAUCUGGGAGUUGGUCGUAGAGCAGUUUGAGGAUCUGUUGGUCAGAAUCCUUCUGCUGGCUGCCUGCAUCUCUUUUGUGCUGGCCUUGUUUGAGGAAGGUGAGGAAACAGUCACAGCCUUUGUGGAACCCUUAGUCAUCCUCCUCAUUCUCAUUGCUAAUGCCAUCGUUGGAGUCUGGCAGGAGCGCAAUGCAGAGAGCGCCAUCGAGGCUCUGAAGGAGUAUGAGCCUGAGAUGGGGAAGGUUUAUCGGUCGGACAGGAAGAACGUCCAGAUGAUCAAGGCCAGGGAGAUCGUCCCUGGAGAUGUGGUGGAGGUGUCCGUUGGUGACAAAGUCCCCGCUGACAUCAGACUCGUCAAAAUAAACUCUACUACUCUGCGUGUUGACCAGUCCAUCCUCACCGGUGAGUCUGUCAGUGUGAUCAAGCACACCGAUGCCGUCCCAGACAUGAGAGCUGUCAACCAGGACAAGAAGAACAUGCUUUUCUCUGGCACCAACAUCGCUUCAGGCAAGGCUAUCGGCAUAGCCGUGGCGACUGGUGUCUCUACAGAGAUCGGGAAGAUCCGCGACCAGAUGGCUGCGACAGAGCAGGAGAAGACCCCCCUGCAGGCCAAACUGGACGAGUUCGGAGAGCAGCUCUCCAAGGUCAUCUCCCUGAUCUGUGUUGCCGUGUGGAUGAUCAACAUUGGCCACUUCAACGACCCCGUUCAUGGAGGCUCCUGGAUCCGCGGGGCCGUCUACUACUUCAAGAUCGCUGUGGCCCUGGCUGUGGCUGCCAUUCCUGAGGGUCUGCCCGCUGUGAUCACCACUUGCCUGGCUCUGGGUACCCGCCGUAUGGCCAAAAAGAAUGCCAUCGUCCGCUCCCUGCCCUCUGUGGAGACCCUGGGCUGCACCUCCGUCAUCUGCUCCGACAAGACCGGCACCCUCACCACCAACCAGAUGUGUGUCACCAAGAUGUUUAUUAUUGACAAAGUGGACGGAGACAGCGUUUCUCUGGGUUCUUUUGACAUCUCCGGUUCCAAGUACACUCCCGAGGGAGAAGUUACUAAGAACGGUGCGUUAGUGAAGUGUGGCCAGUAUGAUGGCUUGGUGGAGCUGUCCACCAUCUGUGCUCUGUGCAAUGACUCCUCUAUGGACUACAACGAUACUAAGGGAAUCUAUGAGAAGGUGGGCGAGGCCACUGAGACCGCUCUGUGCUGCCUGGUUGAGAAGAUGAAUGUGUUCAACACUGAAGUGCGCGGCCUGUCCAAGCCCGACAGAGCCAACGCCUGUUGCUCUGUGAUCAAGCAGCUGAUGAAGAAGGAGUUCACCCUGGAGUUCUCCAGAGACAGGAAGUCCAUGUCAGUGUUCUGCUCCCCAGCCAAGUCCUCUAAGGCCGCUGUCGGCAACAAGAUGUUCGUCAAGGGCGCUCCCGAGGGUGUUAUUGAGAGGUGUGCAUAUGUGCGCGUUGGCACCACCCGUGUGCCCUUGUCCGAGCCUGUCAAGAACAAGAUCAUGGCUGUGAUCAAGGAGUGGGGUACCGGCCGUGACACCCUGCGUUGUCUGGCACUGGCCACCCGCGACACACCCCUCCGCAUGGAAGAGAUGAACCUCGAAGACGCCACCAAGUUUGGCGACUACGAGACUGACCUUACCUUCGUGGGCUGCGUGGGCAUGCUGGACCCCCCUCGUAAGGAGGUCAUUGGAGCUAUUGAGCUGUGUAGGGCUGCUGGCAUCCGUGUCAUCAUGAUCACUGGUGACAACAAGGGAACAGCCGUGGCUAUCUGCCGUCGUAUUGGCAUCUUCACCGAGGAUGAGGACACUACUGGCCGAGCCUUCACUGGCCGUGAGUUUGACGACCUGCCCCUCCACGAGCAAAAAAAAGCAGUCCGCAAGGCCUGUUGCUAUGCCCGCGUUGAGCCCUCUCACAAGUCCAAGAUCGUUGAGUUCCUGCAAGGCUUCGAUGAGAUCACCGCCAUGACCGGAGAUGGGGUGAACGAUGCCCCCGCCCUGAAGAAGGCCGAGAUCGGCAUCGCCAUGGGCUCUGGCACUGCCGUUGCCAAGUCUGCCUCUGAGAUGGUCCUGGCCGACGACAACUUCUCUUCCAUCGUGGCAGCCGUCGAGGAGGGCAGAGCCAUUUACAAUAACAUGAAGCAGUUCAUCCGUUACCUCAUCUCCUCCAACGUUGGUGAGGUCGUCUGUAUCUUCCUGACCGCUGCCCUGGGUCUGCCGGAGGCUCUGAUCCCUGUCCAGCUGCUGUGGGUCAACCUGGUGACUGAUGGUCUCCCUGCCACUGCCCUGGGCUUCAACCCCCCUGACCUGGACAUCAUGGGCAAGCUGCCCCGUUCCCCCAAGGAGCCCCUCAUCUCUGGAUGGCUGUUCUUCAGAUACCUUGCCAUUGGAGGCUACGUUGGUGUUGCAACUGUUGCUGCUGCCGCCUGGUGGUUCCUCUACAGUGAGGACGGCCCUGGUGUGUCUUUCUACCAGUUGUCCCACUUCAUGCAGUGCCACGAGGAAAACGAGGACUUUGUCGGCGUCCACUGCGAGGUGUUUGAGGCCGCUCCCCCCAUGACCAUGGCCCUGUCUGUGUUAGUCACCAUCGAGAUGUGCAAUGCCCUCAACAGUUUGUCUGAGAACCAGUCCCUGCUGCGCAUGCCCCCCUGGAGCAACCUGUGGCUGGUUGGAGCCAUGUCCCUCUCCAUGUCACUCCACUUUGUGAUCAUUUACGUCGACCCCAUGCCCAUGAUCUUUAAAUUGACCCACUUGAACGUGGAAAAAUGGAUGGUGGUGCUCAAGCUCUCGAUCCCCGUCAUCCUCAUUGACGAGGUCCUCAAGUUUGUGGCCCGCAAUUACCUGGAGGUUGCUGAUGACAAUCUAGUAAGCAAGAAGUGGGACUAAAAGAACACCAGGAGUAUAAAGGAGAGAAAAGAAUGAGAAGAGGAAGGGUGGAAGCACUUCCCAGAAAACCAGAGCGCAGACCAUCACUAGAAGUGAGAGAAAAAAGUCCAACAAGAUCAAAGAAUGAAACAAAAGCCACCAGAAAAUUAAAACAAAAAAAACAAAAAAUGUAAAAUUAAAAAAAAAUAUAUUUCUUUGUGUAUGUAUUGAAAUUAAGUUAAUAUAUAAGAAAGUGUUAUGAACAAUAUAUUCAAAUUAUUCUGACUAUUCUUAAAAAAUAAAAACUGUAUUAAAAGAGAA